UGUUCCACUCAACGGGCAUAGUUGAGGCGUUUGUGCGGUCAAACUAUCGUGUUCGUCCGUAAAGUGGGGAUACUGGUGAUUGGCCCGUUUUGGCCCAUAUUGUGUGUAACGAUUCGGUAGCGCGCGGUCGAGCGUGGCACGCGAGCGUACUCAACAUCUACGGACACACGUUCGAUCUUCAUUUCUUAUUAGAAGUUCAUCAUUUAAAAGUGUGAAAAAAUGUUAACCGGUCAUUUACUUCGGUGAAGAUAUUUUCCAGUGCUAGUGACUUAGAUAUUGAAAAAAUGUCAUCGGUGCAUUCUGACGAUGACCAGGAGGAGAUCAAUGUGGAUUCUGACAGCCGGCUGUCAGGCCAAUGUGACAGAAGCAUAGCUUCUGACGACCGGGACUCAGAGCACAGCUACCACGACAGAUACCAUGACUCCCCCAAUGAGCAUCUGACCGACACCCAGCAGAGAGUCAACCUGCCCUUUAGUAUAUCUCGGCUAUUAGGUAAACAGUUCGAGGAUAUAGACAAGCGUCGACAUUCAGGCGAAAGUGAUGAUCGAAGUGACCAGGACACUGAAUCAGAGAGUGCUAAAGAUGAUGCUAAAGACAGUUCUAGUUUGCCAUUAAAUUUUUCUCACACGCCUGGUCUGUAUCCUAAUUCUGGAUUAUUGUUGAGGCCUGGUCUAGGACUUGGGGCUGGGUAUGGGUUCACGAAUAACCCGGGAGUGGUAAGAGUCCCGGCUCAUAGAGCUUUAGGAGCGCUGGGCGCGUGGGGAGUGGCGCUGGACCCCAUGAGGCAAGCAGCUGCAGCCGCGUUUGCUCAUCAGGUUGUUAAGGAUAGACUAGACGCCAAACAGCCGAAGAACGUGAAGCGGAGCGACAAGCAGCAAAUCGCUUGAUGCUCUCUCUUCAAGCUGAAGCCCUAAGCAAAGGAUAUAUGCCCGAGCCUCCACCGGGAUCGGCACCGCUUUCAGCGCUACAUUACCAACCACCAUCGAAUACUGCUCAAGCGACGCCAGCGAACACCGCUUUAAGCGCUUUACAAAACCUCCAGCCAUGGGCAGGGAAUCAAAGUGGCUUCUUAAAUGCUCAAGCAGCGAACGCUCCUCCUCCACAUCCCCCGCCCGUAGCCUCUCCUAUAUGUUAGAGUAGUUAAUGUAAUUUACGCAAAUAGGCCAUAUAUAGGCAUUUGGUUAAUAAAAAAUACAUAAAUUGUGCUGGUUUGUAUAUUUUUAUGACAUGUGCAUACUCAGGUGCUCCUUGAAUACUUGCUAUAACUUCUACAAUAACACCAGUUAGUAGGUACGAGUGAUGAAUUAUAAAAUAAUGUUUUGGUCCUUAUUAUCUAUAGAAAUUAUUAGAAAUGUUAGUUACAUAUCUUAGAAUCAAUUUGAUGAACGAUCACCAACGCUUCUCUAAGCAUAAUAAUAUUGUAUCUAUUUGUAAAGUGUAUAGUCAAUUCUAAGUUUAAAUAACCAUUGGCGAUAUAUUAUAUAAUAAAGACGCGCUUUACUCCAUUUAAAAUACAUAAUAAAAGAUUUGGUAAAAGAGUUUUAUUCCGCAUUCGAUGUUUAUUCUGGCAGCAGCGUGAACUAGCACUUGGUGAAAGGUUUGAGACGAAUAUUGUCAAUUCAAUUUUAAAUCAUAAGACUUUUCUUAUAAGAUUUAUAUUGCUGUAAUAUUUGAGCAUAUUUCAUAAAAGUACAGACCUUGCUAUGAAAUUGUAAAUAUUUCUAAUUCUAACAUAAGUAGUACUUAAUUCUUUUUGUAUUUUGUUUAUUAUUACAUAAGACAACAAUAAACUAUGUUGUAUAUAAUUUUCAACAGUAUUAUAAUGAUAGAUACUUUUCAAUAAUAUGUUAAGUGAUAGAUAAGUAAGUAGAAAACUGUAUAAAAUAAACAUUAAUUUAGUUAUAAUAGUUUCUAGUAAGAGACCUGGCAAUUUAAAUAUAGAAUUUUAAAAUCUCGUAUUGUAUCUUUGCCAUUUGAAAAUGCUUUCAUAUUUUAUUCUUCUGUAAAAAGAACGAAUGAAUGAAGUUUGUAAAUACAUAUUAUAAUUUACUGAUGAAUUUCAAAGGGUUAAAAUACCAAUAUAAUCGAUAACUUAGAGUAAUCAAUUUUGACUUGUCACAAUGUAGUUGUUUAUCUCAUUUGAUUUUAAAAUUAGGAUCAAAUGCAAUAGUUGUAUUUAACAUACGUGAAUUCUUUAUUAACUAAGGCUACCAAAAACUAUAAAAAAUAAUACAAUGCUUCAAUGAGAAAAAAAAUGAGUCACACGAUGGAUGUAUGACUCCAUUUUUAAUCAGUCUUUACGCAAUAUAAAUUCUGAAAAUAAUAAUACAAUCUUUGCCCAUCAGUGAUUUUAAAACAUGGCAAAGCUGUACACCUAGUGUAACUUGACCUUGUAUGUAAAUAUUAGUAUUGAAUUAAGAUCAAUUUAAAUAUUGAAUUGUGUUAAUCAAGGAUCGAUAUUGUAAAUUAUUUUAAUAAUUUAACUGUCGAAAUUUCAUUUGUGCUGGCUCCUCAAAUGAACAUUUUAAU